AUGGCCUUGGCGUCUCCGUGGCACGAGCAGACAGCCCCUGGCGGUGUGCUUCCACUGCACACUCACCCCGGCGCUACAGAGAUAAUUCUUGUAGCCAGGGGCGCUGUCACUGCUAGUUUAAUUUCUUCGGAUAAUACCGUCUACGUGAAGACAGUCGAAGAGGGGGAUAUCAUGGUUUUCCCUCAAGGGUUGCUGCGUUUCCUGGUGAAUACUGGUGGGACAGAGGCACUUAUUUGGGUUAGCUUCGGUAGCCCGAGCCCUGGCCUCCAAGUCCUUAACACUGCGCUGUUUGGCAAUAACUUGGAUUCUGACUUGCUAGAGAAGAUCACUCUUCUUGGUGAUGAUGAAGUGCAGAGACUCAAGGGUAUUCUUGGUGAAUACUGCAUUUGA